GCCUCCUUUCAGUGACUCAGCAUAACAGGAAGCAGGAAGUGUUCACCAUUACGCAUAUACAGCUGUUACAAGACUGUAGCUUUGAGUUUCAGGGUAAAACAGGAGCAAAGCCUCGGGAUGGCAGGGAAGCCCUAUCUCCCUGAGUUGGACCUCACUUGUGCCGUGUGCUGCGAAAUCUUCAGAGACCCAGUGGUCCUCAAGUGCAGCCACAGCUUCUGUGCAUCCUGCCUGCAGCAGUACUGGAGUCGACAGAGACGAAACCGUGACUGUCCUCUGUGCAGAACUCAGAGUGUGGAUGAUCCCGUUCCUAGUCUCACCCUGAAGAACCUGUGCGAGUCUUAUACACACGAGAGCGAGGAACCGGAGGAGACAGCGGAGGAGCUGCCCGGUGAACCAGGGGAGUUGUGCCCUCAUCAUGGGGAGAAGCUCAAGCUCUAUUGCCUCUCAGAUAAGGUGCCUAUCUGUGUUGUUUGCCACACCUCAAGAAAACACAAGCAGCACGAAUGUUGUCCUGUCAGCGAGGCGAUUGGGGAUGUGAAGGAGAAAAUGAAGUCCGCUCUCAGCUCACUGCAGGAGAAGAGGGAGGCGUUUGACAAAAUGAAGAAGAACUAUGAAGACACUGUGACCUACAUUCAGGUCCAGGCUCGAUUUGUGGAAAGGCGAACCCAUGAGGAGUUUGAAAAACUUCACAACUUCCUUCACGCUGAAGAGAACGCCAGGAUGGAAGCGCUGAAGCGGGAGGAAGAGCAGAAGAGCGAAGAGAUGAAGCAGAAGGUUGAAGAAAUAGAAAGAAAAAUGGCAUCUGUGUCUGAAUCCAUCAGAGUUUUGGAGGAGGAGAUGGCUUUGGAGGGCAUCUCAGUCCUUCAUAACAGUAAGAGGACUCUGUUAAGUGCUGAUUGUCCUGUUGAAGAUCCCGUUAUGCCUCCAGGAGCACUCAUAGACGUGGCCAAACAUGUUGGCUCUUUGAUGUUUUAUGUGUGGGAGAAGAUGCAUAAAAUUGCCAAAUACACCCCAGUCACUCUGGAUCCCAACACUGCUGCCCCAUGGCUCAUUCUGUCAGAUGACCUCACCAGCGUCUGUGACAGCGAUGAGAAACAGAAGCUCCCAGACAACCCGGAGAGGUUCGACCCCGACAACGGUGUGCUGGGCUCGGAGGGCUUCACCUCAGGAAGGCAUGCCUGGGAUGUGAAUGUGGGAGAUAAUACUGCGUGGGUUGUCGGCGUGGCUAAAGAAUCUGUCCAGAGGAAAGAGAAAGUGUCCUCUGUCCAGAAAAACGGCUACCUGUGUGUGUACUUCUACCACAAGAUGUACUUUGCGGGUACCUCUCCUUUAACGCGACUAAACCUGAAAAGUAACCCGCAGAAGAUCAAAGUGCAGCUGGACUGUGACAAGGGCAAGGUUUCUUUCUAUGAUGCACACAACACACAUAUCUACACCUUCAAACAGGCCAUCACUGAGAAAGUCUUUCCUUACUUCUGGGUCGGUUGUCAGCAAUGUCCUUUGACGGUUGAACCAGUGGAAGUUGCCCUGAGUGUAAAUGAAAGUGCAACUUAGUUACUCUGUGACUUUGAGAAACUCAUCAAAUUAAAUGUCAGAUUAUUUACUGCUUUUUUUUUUCCUGCACUGUUCUUUGGGCUCUUCUUAAUUUAAAACUCAAUGAACACACUGAUCAAGGGACUUAAGAUUUCAGCGAUUGGUAACUUGAAUUAGAGCAUUUUUUGCACUAAUAAUUAAUGAAUUAUUCAUUUGUUUAUUAUCAGCAUAUCAGUUGUGAGGUUUUAAAAAUAGUACAGAUUAACUGCUUGUAUGUAAGCUUUAAAAACGAUUAUGCAUGUCAGUGUCUACACGUUCCUCCCUUAUUUUGGUGCCCAGCUGUAUUCCUGACUACUAAUGUAAGGAAAACAUCAAAUGUGCUUUAUGUGCAGAUACUACUCAUGUUUUACAGUGCUAAUUUACAAAUAAAAUAUUUGCAAGUA